GGCUCAUUGCGCCUAUAUAAACACAUACACACCCUGCAUGUUCAAAGCAUCACUCAGGCCACAAACACAAACAGGAACACAAGAGAAAAGAAGAGCCAACGAUACUAAACUCUAAUGGCAACCUCCUCUUCCAUCCUUCUCCUUGCUGCUCUUCUUGCCUUGGUCUCAUGGCAGGCCAUUGCCUCCGAUCCUGGCCCACUCCAGGACUUUUGUGUCGCCGACAUGCAUUCGCCAGUGCGUGUCAAUGGAUUUGUUUGCAAGAACCCGAUGGAAGUUAACGCAGACGACUUCUUCAAGGCAGCCAACCUCGACAAGCCUAGGGUGACCAACAAGGUUGGAUCCAACGUCACUUUGAUCAACGUCAUGCAGAUUGCUGGACUCAACACCCUCGGCAUCUCAAUUGCACGCAUCGACUAUGCUCCCUUGGGUCAGAACCCACCACAUACGCACCCUCGCGCCACUGAGAUCCUCACGGUGCUCGAGGGGACAUUGUAUGUUGGCUUUGUCACAUCCAACCAGCCCGCCCCCAACAGAAACAAGUUCUUCUCCAAGGUGCUCAACAAAGGUGAUGUGUUUGUCUUCCCCGUGGGGCUCAUCCACUUCCAAUUCAACCCCAACCCCCACCAGCCCGCUGUUGCAAUUGCCGC